GCGGUAUGUCACCACAGUUCGUGCCCGUUCGUCCCUGUUCAUCCUUAUUAGUCCAUUCUUUUUGCAAUCUCAAAGACUACUUCACCCUGAGCGCCCAUCCUUCCAAGACCUCAGCCGUCAUAUCUCGAAGUCAUUGCGCACCUUAGCCGAGUUGGACGACCAAGCAGUAAAUAGGCCACGUUGAGUCCAAUGUGGUAAACUCCAGUCAACCCUUCUCCUCCGCAACCCAAAGUCUUUGUCCUCACGCGAUCGCCGUCGCAUUAUCUCGUCCCCCUUCUGCUGCCUUAGCCUAGCAUCUCCUUUUCUCGACAACAUGGCCAUAUCCCAAGGUCCCGUCGGCGUAGCUAUGGCCAGCCAUAGUACUCCGGUCCAUCCUGAAAAGACUUCCAGUAUCGUCUCUGAGAAUAACAUUCAGACCACACCCACGGAGCUACCGGACAAGGAGCGAUACAUUGUAGUAUCACCCUAUAUCGAGCAACAACACCUUCUCGACCUCACAACCCUUGACCCUGAGAACCAGAUUUUGGCACUUGCCCUAAGUCAGUUGACGUGCCUCCGCGAGGACUACGCAACUGCGCCAUACCGCGACACCUUCAACUGGGACCAGAUCAUCGAACACGUUCGCGCACUCGCACGAAAACGUAACUACACAUGGAAGGAGACUUCCUUCUUUGUUGUUGCUUUCCGGUCACAAGUAUUCGAGUCGACGGUCGAGAACUAUGCGGACUUGGGUGAGCUGGACAAGGCUGCUCAUGCUGAAGCCACCGCGAGUGGAGGGUUCUUGAAGUACUGGUUCGGCACGCCAAAUGAGGAGCGUCGCAACCUUGCAACCUGCAUCUGGAGAUCCCCAGAAGAUGCGAAGAAGGGGGGAACUGGCCCUGCGCAUCGAAAAGCGGCUGGGGCAACCAGGUCGUUGUAUUCCUUCUGGCAUAUUGAUCGCCAUCGGUUGACCAUCCGAGACAACGUUGAAAGCUGGGAUCUCACCGAGUGGAAUUGAGGUUUAGGAGCUACUUGUCUCCGGUGCUAGACGCUGGGCAUGACGGUUUAGACUUGGAACGGCUUGGGCGUCGAGGUUGGCGUUUUGGUGGAAAUUGACGGUGACAAGGCGAUAUGGUCACCAUGCAUCGAAGGGAGUUAUAAUCAUUGUAAUAACCACAGAGAUAUCUUUAGAGGCAUCGAUACUCAGUAGAAUAGACUCGUGCUUUAUCUUUC